ACCACCGCUGGCGGAAAACGUGUCGUCCAUAGCGGGAUUCCUCGAAACCGCAGUCGAUAUUCCAUCCAGCGGGCCGUGGAAUUCACGUGCCCCCACCACAGCCCACUCCGUUCCGUUUAAAAUGAUCGCGGGCUCGUUCGCGACGUCAUAAAAAAUUUGAAGCUGUCGUUUGAAGCACGGUCAACUUGAAUUUUGCGCGCUUUUCGGCUGUAACAAUAUUUCGCAAUCUUAACUUGGUGAAAAGUUUGUGAUUUUGGUGCGAGAAAACAUUAAGUAGUGCGAAAAAACAUAUACAACAAAGGACGGAGUUGUGUGAAAGUGGAUUAUUGCUACAGAUCUCUGAAAUUCAGCUCUACAGAAAUGUGUGUCGCCAAGCCUGUUGAAAAAUCAUCCCAAAAUAUGAAUAGGUCAAAAUUGGGCAGAGCCUUACGCGCAGCCCUGACAAAAGCCAAGAACGACCGAAGACUGAUUUGUGGUCUUCUUCCAGCUCUGGCGUUCCUGGAAAAAAGCCCCGAAGACGUGGUGUUAUGUGUCUUACCUACAGCAAGACCAGGAGAUGCAGCUACCCAUAUUCAAGCAGUUCUUCUCCAAGCUUUUUGCUACGAAAAUUAUAUUCCUCUGCUCCAAGUGGACUCGAGUGAAAAACUAGCCAGUUUUUGCGGUGGUUCUCAAAAGACUAAACAAAAUAGUUACUGUAAUUGUGCUGUUAUAACCCGGGAUAAUAGUCUAGCAAUUCCGGAGAAUGAUAUUAUGCCCAUGACGGAUAAUGAGCAUCUCCUAGCAGAUUUCUAUGAGUGCACAUUGGAGGAAUUUCCAAGACCUGUCGUGGAACUGCCCAUUUGAACUUGCAACAAGGCCGUGAAAAAGGCCAACAAAAAGAGAAAAAAUUGAAAAAAUCUUUGAAGAUAUUCGUUUUGCGAUCUAAGACGCUCCAGUUCAGAGAUGGAAGUUCUUUAGGACCCCAUAGAAGAAAAAGCAAAAAAGAACUCAGAGCCUUAAAUAUGUCAGGCUAGUUGAGGCUAGAGUACUUUUAAUUUGCUCAACGUACAAUUUUUGUCAUAAACGAAGCAAUAAAUGACAAAUAAUGUUAACAUAAUAUUAUUAUACAAUUUUGAAUGUAUAAAAACGAAUUUUUGCAUGAUAAAUGUAUUGUUUUGAAUAUAUUGUAAUUGAAAAAACAAAAUGGAUUGUUAUACAAUAUUUAAUCUUAUGAUAUUUGUAAGUUAUUGGUGAUAUAUAGAAACGUAUCAUAUUGUUACUUUAUUCAAAAAAAGUUGAGAUGUUUUGAAGAUGAUUUUGUUGUCAAGAAAAUAGUUACCAU